AUGUCUCAUGCUAAGAAAGACAAGGUGCGCCACGAAGUGCAAAGCAACAGCACUACACCCUGCGUCAUCCUACUCACUGCGGGAGCUGGGGGUGUUGGACUGACUCUCACUGCGGCCAACCACGUGAUACUCUGCGAGUACUGGUGGACGCAGUCGGAGGAGCUUCAAGCCCUGUCGCGCUGUUAUCGGCAGGGUCAAGAGGCAACGGUACACGUUUGGCGCGUGCGAUCGCUCAACUCCGCCAUGGAACUUAAUGUGCAGCGGACGGCGAAGGCCAAGGCCACGGUCACGGGAGACAUCGCUAAGUGGCUCGUUAGGGAUCUUGCGUGGAACUCCAUCGUCGAAUUCAACCGAGACCCUGGGUUGUUUUGCCGCAAGAGUCACUUGGGCUCUCUUGCUAUACGCGAAAUCAUUGACGUCUCUCUUGAUGAUGAGAAGGAAUGCCACUUGGUCCUCGGUGUCACAUCGUUGCCAUGGAUGUGA